AUGUAUAUGUCUGUAUAUGGCGUCCAUUGGAUAGGCAAUAAUGGUCCAGUACGCUGGCCAGCAAGAUCUCCUGAUUUGAACUCAUUGGACUACUUUUACUGGGGGACAUCCAAAGAAGCAGUUUAUCACAAUGGCGGCCUCAAUGACCCAAAUGAAAUGAUUCAAGGAAUCCAACAUCACGCUCAGCAUCUAGAACCCGAAAAAAUACAUGCAGCUACACAUCAGAUAAGACGUAGAGCUAUUUUGUGUAUUCAGCAACAGGGGGAGCAUUUCGAACAAUGCUUGGAUGGUGAUGAUGGUGGUAAUCGUGAUGAUGAUGUUGUUGAGGAGGAGAACGAGAAUGGUGAUGAUGUUGAUAUUGAUGGCAAUGAUGAAAAUGGAGAAGAUGAUGAUGAUGAUAUGAACAACGAUGGUGAAAAUGAUGGCAACGAAGACAGUGAGGCUGAUGAUAGUAUGGAUGAAGAUGAUGACGACGUUGGCAACGAUCUGGAUUGGGAGAUAUGA